GACAUGAGAUCUUGGCUGAAUAGUUCUGGCUCCUCUACCCUCUCUCUGGCCUAUAUAUAUAGAUGUGUUGUAAUGGUAUUGGUCAUAUCAGCUAGCCAACAAGUAUGGAAGGUCGACGUCUAAGAGGAGGGUUCACCACCACCGAUUCUCCUCCGCUUCACACGUCUGAGCCAUUACGACGCACCGCCUUCAACCGCCUGUUCGCGGCGGUUUACUUCUCUGCCAUUCUGGCUCUACUCUACCGCCAUGUCCAAAACCUAUUUCUCCUUUCCACGACCAGCCUACUUUCUUUCUCCACCAUCCUUUCUUUGUUUAUCUCUGAUCUCGUUCUAGCCUUCAUGUGGGCUUCGCUGCAAGCUCUCCGAAUGUCGCCCAUUCGUCGGAAAGAGUUCCCUCAAGACCUAAAACAAAUCAUCAAAGAUGAAGAUUUUGUAGGACUAGACGUGUUCAUUUGCACGGCUGAUCCUUACAAGGAACCGCCGAUGAAUGUUGUGAACACGGCAUUGUCGUUGAUGGCUUACGAUUACCCGACCGACAAGAUUUCAAUCUAUGUUUCCGAUGAUGGAGGAUCGGAUUUGACUCUAUUUGCUUUCAUGGAGGCUGCUGAGUUUGCAAGGCAUUGGUUACCGUUUUGCAGGGAACACAAUGUAAUGGAAAGGAGCCCUCAAGUAUAUUUUGAAUCUAAUUACCAUUCUUCUAGCCCUCACUUUGAGAAGAUUAAGAUAAUGUAUGAAGAUAUGAAAAUGAAGGUAGAACAUGUGAUGGAUAAAGGUAAAAUAGCUGAUGAAUACAUUAGUGAUGAACAACGACGACAAGUUUUUAAUAAAUGGAUCAAAGGCUUUACUCGUAUGAAUCAUCCUACUGUCAUUCAGGUUAUCUUAGAUAAGAAGCAUGACAAAGAUAAUUCUGGCCGUUUAAUGCCAAAUCUCAUUUAUGUCUCUAGAGAGAAAAACAACACUUCACCUCACCAUUUUAAAGCCGGUGCUCUUAAUGUUCUGUUACGUGUAUCAGCUGUUAUGACAAAUGCACCAAUAAUCUUAACUCAAGAUUGCGACAUGUAUUCAAAUGAUCCCCAAACACUUCUUCGUAUACUGUGUUAUUUAUCGGACCCUGCAAUCAAAUCAAACUUAGCAUUUAUCCAAUUUCCCCAGCGAUUUCAUGGCCUUAACAAACAGGAUAUCUAUGCUUGUGAGUAUAAACAUCACUUCCAAGUAAAUCCUAUGGGUUUUGAUGGGCUAAAGGGCCCAAGCUAUAUUGGAUCCGGCUGCUUUUUUCAUCGACGAGCUUUGUUCGGAGGUCCAUCAACUCCGGUGCCACCCGAAAUCCCAGAACUCAGCCCCGACCAUGUGGUUAGCAAGCCCAUUCAAUCUCAAGAAAUUUUGUCAUUGGCACACCAUGUUGCAGGUUGCAACUACGAGAACCAAACCAAUUGGGGCUCUAAGAGUGGGUUUAGAUAUGGAUCAUUGGUUGAGGACUAUAACACAUCGUAUAGGCUUCAUUGUGAAGGAUGGAAGAGCUUAUUUUGCAACCCUAAGAGAGCUGCAUUUUUAGGGGAUGUCCCGAUCACCCUUUUUGAUGUACUUAGCCAAAACAAGAGAUGGUGCAUCGGCUUGUUUGAAGUAGCUUUCUCCAAAUAUAAUCCUCUCAUCUUUGGUUCUCAAUAUAUGGGUGUUUUAAUGAGCCUAGCUUAUUCUCACUAUGCAUUUUGGCCCAUUUGGUGCAUUCCAGUCAUCUUCUAUUCUUUCCUCCCCCAGCUAGCACUCCUCAAUCAAUUCAGCAUCUUCCCAAAGUUAUCGGAACCAUGGUUUUUCCUAUAUGUUUUCCUUUUCCUCGGGGCAUAUGGGCAAGAUUUCGUUGAGUUCUUCCUGGCUGGAGGCACGGUCCGUAGGUGGUGGAAUUGUCAAAGGAUGUGGAUGAUAAGGGGACUGUCAUGUUACUUAUUUGGUUCAGUUGAGUACUUGUUGAAGUCAAUAGGGAUUUCCACACAUGGUUUUAGCCUAACAAGCAAGGCGCUUGAUGAUGAACAUAGCAAGAGAUAUGGCCGGGGCAUUUUUGAGUUUAGGGUCCCAUCCCCAUUGUUUGUGCCAUUAACAAUGGCAGCAAUAAUCAACUUGUUCUCAUUCCUAUUGGGAUUGACUGCAUUUAUGCGUGGCAACAAUAUGGAAGGCCUGGGUUUGCAGAUGAUUUUAAUUGGUUUCAUCGUCUUAAAUUGCCUACCAGUUUAUGGAGCCAUUGCCCUAAGAAAUGAUGCAGGGAAGAUACCAACUCAAAUUACAAUUAUCUCAACAUUCGUGUCAGUGGCUUUUUAUUAUGCCUCUUCACUCUGUUUCUGAAGUAAUAAAGAGACUUUUAAGUAGUAAAAAUAAAAAAAAAGCCUUUUUUCUGGUCCAAUAUUGGAAAUUAGGAUCUUUACUUUGUAUUCUCCUUGAUAACACUCCCUGGUUUCUUGUCCUUCAAGAGACAGGUUACUCUGACUGAAUUUGGUUGUAGAGAAGGUCUUUUUUGUAAUUCGAAAGGUUUUUUCUCGACCCAGAUAA